CUUAACGGCGCCAUCAGGUCCCAGCUCACCAUCAACACGGCCAUCGUGUACAUGCACCGCUUCUACAUGGUGCAGUCCUUCACCCAGUUCCACCGGAACGCCGUGGUUCCAGCCGCGCUCUUCCUGGCAGCCAAGGUGGAGGAGCAGCCUCGGAAGCUGGAGCAUGUCAUCAAGGUGGCACGAGCCUGUUUGCAUCCCUUGGAAGCGCCUCUGGAACCCAAGAGCGAGGCUUAUCUGCAGCAAGCCCAAGACCUGGUCAUUCUAGAGAGCAUCAUCCUACAGACCCUGGGCUUCGAGAUCACCAUCGACCACCCGCACACGCACGUGGUGAAGUGCACGCAGUUGGUGCGAGCCAGCAAGGACUUGGCCCAAACAUCCUAUUUCAUGGCUACCAACAGCCUGCAUCUGACCACCUUCAGCCUGCAGUACACCCCUCCCGUUGUGGCCUGCGUCUGUAUCCACCUGGCUUGUAAGUGGUCCAACUGGGAGAUCCCAGUCUCCACGGACGGGAAGCACUGGUGGGAAUACGUUGAUGGCACUGUAACUCUGGAGCUCUUAGAUGCACCCCCGUUUUUUUUUAACACACCGGCCGCCAAGGUGUCGCUCAAGGAGUACCGGGCCAAGCACGCUGAGGAGUUGGCAGCGCAGAAGAGGCAGCUGGAGAACAUGGAGGCCAAU